AUGAUGAGAAAAGAGGACAGCCAGAGUUUUACUCAGUUUGCGGUGAGCACGUGCAGCGAUGGCCUGAAAACAUCAAAAGUCAAGGGUAAAAACAGCCGCAUCAAAAGGCCCAUGAAUCCCUACAUUAUUUGGGCAAGGAAACACCGGUCUGUCUUGGCCAGGGCCAAUCCAAAUGCCAGCUCUGCUGAGGUCAGUGAGCAGCUUGGAAUUGAAUGGAGGAAGCUGAGUGAAGACCAGAAGAUGCCCUACUACCUAGAGGCAGCGAGGCUUAAAUGGGAACACAGCCAACAGUUUCCAGGCAUUUUGGAGAAAACAGCCUCACCGAGAAGACCUGAUCGAGAGCCAACCCCACCACAUUUUCCUGACGAUUUACUGUCCUGCAUGCCUGAGCCGUUAUUCACCCAGACCAGCACCUUGGACUAUCAGGAAACCUCCAUUGGGAUGGACCUGAAUGAUCACUCUUUCCCGGACUAUGAUGACUUUUCUGCCCUAGAUCAGUAUCUUUUUGAUCAAGAGUCUGUGGCAGACAGCAAAGACACUAACAGCAGAGACACUAACAGCAGAGACACCCAUCUCAGCGCAGGCCUUAAAUCUCCACCAGUCCUGGACACCAAUGCCUUGGAAGAGUUGUUAAACUCUCUGCCUCAUUCAGAUGAUUAUUAA